AUGAAUUCAGAGGCAAAUAAUUUGAGAAAAGCAGCCAAGAAAACUAAUGAUGAGAUUAUUUAAGAAAUUAUUGACUCUGGAAACAAGAAUGAGUUUGAUUUUAUUCGGUAAGUAUGGGAACCAAAUGAAACAUCUACUUCUGCUUCAAUUGAAUCAUCAUCAAGUGCUGGAUAUGUCAAAAAGAUCAAAAUUGGAUCCUACAUCAAUAAAUUCCUCGAUAGUUAAUUGCAACCAUAGGUUUAUUACAAAUUGAAAGAAUUGUAUUGAUGGCAAACCAACAAGUAUCCUCAUCAAGGAUUCAUAAUUUAAUUAAUUAUAUUUAUUAUUAAAUAUCCUCUAUUGAAUCAAUAUUAA